AUGUCGAACCCUUCGAAUGUGAACACGACAUUGACAAAGACAAAGUGCACUCGAAUCAUUCCAAAGUCUUCGGAUAUGCCCUUCGUUGAGAGAGGGAACAACAUCUAUUCGAUCUUCAUGAUGAGGGAUACGAGAAGUCGGCCGUUUCGAAGUCGAUCCGGCCAACUAUCCGUCGAAGCUUUACAGCCCGAACCUAUCUGUUUAACCAAUUCCAAACUGGCAAUGCAUAAAAAUCCCGGCACCACAGUGACAAUCGGGUUGGAGUUCGAAGGGACAAACAAUCCACCAAAACUUCGGACCGUCGCUAGCCGCCUCCGAGUACUCACGGUAUACAGCGCGACGCCCUGGGAAAACCACCCCGAUGUGAUCCACUCGGAUUCACUUGGCAAUGGCAAUCGGGGGCUUUACAGGGACGACAUCCCAUUGUCCAAAUUAUCCCUCAAGUCUGUCGAGUGGGUCAAACUACAGGGCUUAUCAUACCCUCACAAAGUUGGACCAAAGCCUCGAGUCGAUGAAAGCGAUGCUGUAAUUCAGCCGACCAAAUACACGUCCUCCAUUGUGGUCCCUAUCAACAUUCCUGGCACACACAGCCUUGUACCUACUUUUCAUUCCUGCUUUAUCUCCCGUGUCUACUUGGUGGAACUGAGUCUCUCCUAUCGCCAACAUGGAGUGGCGCGUGUUCCGUCGCGUAUUUCUUUGGUGGUGCCUGUGCAGAUAAUGAAUUAA